AUGGCUGAAGCUUUCGUAACUUUAACUGGUGAAAUUCAAGCAAAAUCUCCUGCUAUUUCAUUUAUAAAUUCAAAUAAAGGAAAACCUCUACUAGUUGUCGACGAUUAUACUUUUAAAUUGAAUAAAGCAACAACAACGACUAAGUAUUGGAUAUGCACUAUUAAUGGUUGUGCAGCUAAAGUGCAUACUGAUUCAAAUAAUCGAUUGAUGAAAACUGUUGGCAAUCAUAGUCAUCUUCCAGAAAAAGAAAAACUUGAGGUUCGUGAAGUUCGUGAAAAAAUAACAUUUUUAUUUUUUAAUGUUUUUCUCACUGUUAAGAUUUCAACUUAA